AUGGAAGUUUCACCUAGUGCUUUAGAAUUUAAGGGUAGUUUUACCAAACCUACUUCGGAAUAUUUGUCAUUGACUAAUACAUCUAACACUCCGUUAGCGUUUAAGGUCAAGACGACGGCUCCAAAGUUAUACUGUGUCAGACCAAAUGCCAGUAUUAUUGAGCCAGGUAAUAGCAUCAAGAUUUCCAUUAUUUUACAAGGAUUUUCUCAGCCAUUGCCGGAAGACUACAAAUGUAAGGACAAGUUUUUGUUAGUUUCUUUGCCAUGUCCUGAUCUCGACGAUGCUUCCAAAUUGAGCGACUACUGGCCUAGUUUAGAGGCCAAGUACAAGCAACAGUUGGUCCAAAAGAAAUUGAGAGUGAAUUAUGUUAUCGGGGAAGAUGUGGAAGACAGCGUAGCCGGCGACAACGGAGCUGACUCGCCACGUGAAUUCCAACCACAACAAGGUGAAUUUGGAAGUGGUGCUGCCGGAUCAGAUGUUGGUGGAUCUGGUGUUGGUGCCGGUGCUGCUGGCGCAGGUGCUCUUGGUGCCGGUGCUCUUGGUGCUGGUGCUGCCUAUGCUGGCUCCCACAGCAACAACUAUGGUGGUGAUGUCCCAGAAGAUGUCGGUGCUAAUGUAAACAGAUCUGUCAACGAUUCUUUCGCUCCAAAUGCUUCCAACAACGGCUAUGCUUCUGGUGCCAACUACAACAGCUCUUCUGAUGCUGCUGGUAUUGCAGCUGCCUCGAGAGUCGAAAAAUCACAACCUCCAGCUGACUACCAAAGAGAUUUAGAAGACUCAAACGCUAAAAUCAACAACAUGUCCGACAAAUUCGACUCCAACGAAAAGAGAGCCCAAGGUUCCUCCGACUACACCUCUCAAGCUCAAGCCACAUCCACCGAAGAACCUUCCAGUGGAAUCUCUUUACCUUUGGCUGUCCUCUUGAUUUUGAUCGCUUUCCUUAUCGGUGUUUUGGUUUUUUAA